UAAAUUACGUAGUCGCUGAAGAGUAUUCGCCGGCAUCACUCGCGCAAUGGCGAACAGCUUUCCGGUACAAUUCGCGGGCGCGCAUUAUGACAUAAAACAAUUUUUACGUGAUCACCCUGGUGGGGUGAACACAUUGAAAUAUUUCAAAGGGAGAAAUAUCAUGGCUGCGAUGGAGAAGUUUGGUCACAGUUCUGGUGCAUACCACAUGUUAGGUGACUUCAAAGUUGAAACAGUGGAUGUAAAUCUUACCGGUGCAGUGAGUGAGAACGGCAGAAUUAUAACGACAGGAGAGGCGGGACGCGAUUUGAAGGAGAUUGCGUUUCUUGAGGAAUUGGAGGCUCGCCUGGACUGGUCGAAGCCUCUCCUCUACCAGUUGGACGCCAUUGCCCCGGACUACGACGCCUGGGUCAACAGCCCAGUGUACAGGAAAUGCCGUCUCUUCGAGAGCUCAAUUCUGGAGAGCAUGACUUUCACACCAUGGUUUUUAGUCCCUUUGUUUUGGAUACCCAUCAUAUUGUACGUAGGGGCCACGCAGUUUCGGCAGUACGUUGCGUGUGGGGAUACCUGUGACGAAGACUCGAUAACUGCUCCAACGUACCUGUUCCACCUGGUCUUCGGGAUGGGAAUAUGGACAGCUUUGGAGUACUCGCUCCACAGAUGGGUGUUCCACAUCAAUCCGGGGAAGUCAGUCACGAUGAUCAAGUUACAUUUCUUGAUACACGGGAUGCAUCACAAGGUGCCGUUUGACGGCUUGCGGCAGGUUUUUCCACCAAUUGCAGCGCUUGUGAUCACGUGCAUCAUCUAUCUGCCUCUGCAGGCGGUGUUAUCCUACCCUCUCAUCAAGUUGACAGGGGGACUCAUUGGCUACCUUACCUACGACAUGAUCCACUAUUACGUACACCACGGCUCACCUAAGGAUGGUUCUUAUCUGUACGCGAUGAAGAGGUACCACUCGAACCAUCAUUUCGUCAAUCACGAUAAAGCAUUUGGCAUCAGUAGUAAAAUAUGGGAUUAUGUGUUUAAGACAUUUGUGAAAGUGAAACGGCUUAGUUUCAGCUUGCAGUGGUAGUGUCAGGACAGUGUACCAUUAGUACUGUUAGUGUGGCGGUUUAGAAACUUUGAUAUCGGCGAAAACAGUCGAUCGAUUAUCGAGGACUCUCGUCGAGAAAGGUGUAAUUGACCGAGCGAGCGAAGCGAGCGAGUUCUACAAUUCGACUUGGGGCAAAACACAAAAAUGCAUUUUUUGUAUGUAUGUAUGUUUGUUUGUUUGUAACGCGAUAACUUCCGAAUUGCUGGUCUGAUUUUGAUGAAAUAUAAAAGGUAUGUAGAAUCUGUCAAUAGAAUUUUUAAGUCUGUGGGGCAUCAAAAUCGGUUCAGUCGUUUUUGAAAUAUUCACAAUUUUGUAAAAAAAUAUUGUGUUCGCGAGGUCUAAGUUCGCGGCGAACAAUUAGUGAUAAAUAAUUACGUGAUUUUAUUAAUAAUUAGUGACAAUAAAGUUUAAGAAUAAAAAAAAUAACAAUAUACAGGAAGUAUCAAUUGUUUGAUAAAUGUACUUAUAUAUUCAUAUGACACGCCAGUCACCUGACGAAUUUAUUUCUUAAUCGCACUUGUAUUAAACAGCGCAGUAAUAAUUAUAUUAUGACAUAUGAUAUUGUAAUAAUUAAAAAUAAUUUGUAUUUAUUUAAAAAGUGAGAAUUGAGAUUGUAAAGAGGGCGGCCAAAAAUGAUACUAUUCCAACUAUUUUUGCCUUUCUCUAUAAUCUAUAAGAAUGAUGUAUGAUAGACAUUUUGGAAGUUAUAUUUUCCGACUUCAAAAGUAAAUUGUGAAAAUGUAGAUUACAUUAAUAACUAAUGCGAGCUAGAGGAGAAACAUAACUAUUUGUCUUUUUAUAAGAAAU